UAAUUCAAAACGAACUAGGGCAUGUAGUCCUUUUGUAUUUGCAAGAAAAGGAAUAUGGAGGUCUGAGACAGUGAGACCCAAUUCUCGCUUCAAGUACCAAGUUGGGGACCCAAUUACUUAGCCUAGCCAUCUGAAGCUUAGUGGUCGCGCGGCUGAUAUCAGAUGGAGCUUCAUAAAGAUAUAAUGGCAAAUGAGUCUAAGAAGAUCUUGGAUUCCAUAAACAAGAUGUCUCUUGCAAAUUUAGAUGAUCAACAAGUAUAUUCUCUUAUGAUGAUAAAGGAACUAGCCCGUGGUAUUGUUCAUAACAAAAUUGAAAAGGUGACUGCGAGUGAUGUUAAACAAGCAUUAUCCCAUAGCAUUGACAAAAUGGUGGGUUCUUGCAAGGCUGUCAAUAAAGUUUUGAGCAAAAUUGAUCAUGAAACUAGAGAUGAACCACAUUCGCAGUCAGUGUCACGGAUGAAAGAGAUUGUGUCAUCCAUUGUUACUAAACGAGCUAAGGUUGAUGGAUUUGGUUCAGAUACUAUGGCUGUUGGGACCGUGCACUCAAGCAAUAAGGAUGUGGAAAUUGAAGGGAUUCAAAGGGCAUUAUUUACAAAUGAAAUUGUGGAAACAGAAGCUGAGAUGAUAAAUGAGCAUGAUCAGAUUGUGGAGCAGAAUAAUAUCACAGAUGAACCUUUACAUUUGGGCAAUGUGGAUAUCCAGGUCGGAAGGGAAGUUGAUGUGGUAAAUGAAGAUGGUCAGAUUGAGGAGCAGACCAACUUAAUGGAUGAGCCACCCCGGUUGGGCAAUGGAGAAAUUCUGGUCAGAGGGGAACAAGGUGUAGCACUUGCUGAUGGAGGUAAAUCUACCUGCAAUGCAGUGCAGGUUGUUCAACGAGAAGGUGUGAUGUUUGAAUAUGUGCAAUUGUCAGUGGAAGAGGGUCAGAAAGAGACGCAAGAAACCUUGACUGGAUCAUCUGAAAUAGAAAAGGAUGAUGACCCAAAUGAAGGGAAAGAAUCAACAUCAUUGUCUCCCCUUCAUCUCUCUGUUAUAUGGCCUCCAGAUGAUAAGAUUACCGUGGAAUGGGUAAAGAAUUUGAUGGCUAUACUUGACCAGUCUUCAAAGAAGGAUCCACCUUCUAAUUUUAGGUCUCUCGUGCCAUUAUCUAUGUUGGAUAAAUUAUUUAACGCUGCUUCAAGAAUCCUGUCACAGGAACCAAAUUGUGUGGAAGUUAAUUGUUAUGAAGAGGAUUCAAGAGUUGUUGUAGUUGGUGACAUUCAUGGACAGUUCCAUGAUUUACUCAAUCUUUUUGACCUUGCUGGGUUGCCAUGUGAGAAUCAGUUUUAUGUUUUCAAUGGUGAUUAUGUAGAUAGAGGGGCUUGGGGAUUGGAAGUGAUUAUGGUCUUGUUCGCUUGGAAGGUGCUGAUGCCUAAGAGAGUUUAUCUACUACGGGGAAAUCAUGAGACUGGGUUUUGCACAUCAAUAUAUGGUUUUAAGCAGGAGGUCAAGAUCAAAUUUGGCGAUCAAGGUGAAAUUGUCUACAAGAAAUGCUUGGAAUGCUUCAAAGAUCUUCCUUUGGCCUCAAUCAUAUCAAGCUGUGUAUACACUGCACAUGGGGGGCUUUUUCGAAGCCAGCGGUGUGGCCCUUUCCGAAGGUCUAAGAGAAACAAGCCAAAAAAGCUGGAGUUAGGUUCUUUGGAAGACUUGUCUAAAGUGAAUAGGUUUUUUAUAGAUGUUCCAGAUGAAGAGCCAAGUAUAUUGAAUGAUGUGCUAUGGUCUGAUCCAUCAAAGAGAGGUGGUCUGACUGAAAAUGCAGAUCGGGGAGUAGGUUUAGCAUGGGGUCCUGAUUGCACUGAGGAUUUCUUAAAACAAUCCAAUUUAAAGUUGAUCAUCAGAUCACAUGAAGGUCCUGAUGCUAGAGAUGGGCGUGAUGGUUUUGGAGAUAUGCUAAGUGGAUACAGCACAGAUCAUGUUGAAGAGUCAGGGAAACUGUACACUUUAUUUAGUGCUCCAAAUUAUCCACAGUUCGGGGAAAUAAAUUACAAGAAUGAAGGAGCAUAUGCUGUAUUGAAGCCUCCUAAUUUUGAAAGUCUGUCUUUCCAUCAGUUCAAAGCCAUAGAAAGGCCAAAGAUAGUGAUAGAUCCUAACGAUGCUGUUGCUGUUGAAGAUGUGAGUUAUGUCAGUGAAGAAGAUUGGGCAUCAAUUUUUACAAGUAGUGACUCUUCAUCUCAAACUAAUAUUCCAGCUUCGUUGAGCUCUAGGGUCGACUUUGAGGCAUUAGGUAUUUAUAAUUCUCCUUCCUGGAAUAUUCUGAUGGAGGAUAGUGCAGGUGGAACCAAAUUUCUUCAAGUUCCAAGGGCUCCUUUGGUAGAAGGGCUUCCUCUGCCUUCAGACCUGCAGGAGCCCUAUAAGGCUGCCUUUGAGUAUCUCUUUGAGCUUAUCGCUGCCCUGAAGUGUAUGGUUUUAACAAGAGUGAUUGAGAAUGGAGUCCAGGAGUCAGCUGAGGGUCGGAAGCGUUCCAAACGAAAACGAAGGAAGGGCAAAAAGAUAGUCGAAUGAUGGAAUGAAUGCACAAGAACUUACCAAGGCAAGACUUACCAGAUACAGAAAAUUUGUUGUCUAUCUCAGCCUCUUUUGUGGAAAAAAUUUCAGCAAGUAUUAUUUGCGUGUCCAUAAAUAUUUUUUUGUCAAUAUUUUAGGGGAGAGUUAGUUGCUAAUUACAGGCUCUAGCUGUUGCUGUGUGAUUCAAUGUUAAUAGGUGAUAUGUUCAUAUAUAAUUUCUUUUCAUUGGCGUGGGCUUUGUAUUCAAUAUUAAAACUCACCUGCAUAGAUAUGGUUAUGCUUUUGUGACGGCGCAUUGUUGUGGGGUGUUUGUGGUGUUCCGAAACCAAUACAAGUAGAUUUCUUAAUGUUGAA